UGGGACAUGGACUGCAUGUCUAUUUGCAAGGGGUGUAAAGUUUCAUUUGAAGGGAUUUAAAAGGCAUGCUUAAUCUAAAACCUCUCUGUUACCAUUGCCAACGUAUCUGUGGACGCUCAUUCCGCCUGUGUAGUUCAAGGCUAGGAAGUCACUACAAAGAUGUCCACCUGCCUGACUAUAAUACAUCUGUUGACAUUAACAGUCACCGUCUGACACGACCGAAAAAGCCUCCACCCACACCAAAAUGGGAGGGGCUCCAGACUCUAGCAGAAAGAACCAAGGGUUCACUUAUACCAGAGACGUUGAAAGCCAUGGAGGAAGACGAAGACUUCAAAUUGACAGCCGCAAAAAUUAAAGAAAUGGGGACCAAAAAAUUGACAAAAGAGGAAAGAAAGCGCAGACAGAGAGCACUGACAAAUCUGAAUGUUCCAGACUUUGAGGAUUACUGGAAGCUGAAAAGGGCAGAAAAUGAUGCACAACAUAUUGACACUGAGGAUGCAUUAAAUAAAAAGACAAUAGAGGUCCUGCAGGCCAAUAUAGGACUGUAUUGUAACCAGGCAUGUAACCACUGUCAUGUAGAGUCUUCACCACGCCGUAAAGAAAUGAUGAGCCAUGAAGUCGCUGAAAGAUGUCUGAAUAUCCUCAAGAAUAGUCCCUCCAUCCAUACCCUGGAUCUCACAGGAGGUGCCCCGGAGCUGUUAGAUCAGUUUAGAUAUCUGGUUAGUGGAGGCCGAAAACUCGGGAAGAAGAUUAUUGUACGGAGUAACCUCACUGUACACACAGAACCAGGACAGGAGGACACUGCAGAGUUUAUGAAGGAUCACCAAGUGAAUAUUGUAGCUUCCCUACCCUGUUACACAGCUAAGAAUGUUAACCAACAGAGGGGAAAGGGAGUGUUUGAUAGGAGCAUACAAGCUCUGAUCAAGUUUAACUCCCUCGGGUAUGGAGAAGAGGGCUCGGGUCUAAAGCUGGACCUAGUCUACAAUCCUCUUGGUGCCUUCCUGCCCCCACCCCAGGGACCGCUGGAGGAUAAAUACCGCCAAGAACUGAUGGAGUUCUUCGGAAUUAAGUUUAACCAGCUCUUCACAAUUACCAACAUGCCAAUCAAACGUUUUGCGGACUUCCUCUAUCGAAGAAAUGAGCUAGAGAGUUAUAUGGAGCUACUGGUCAGGAACUAUAACAUCCACACUUUAGACAAGCUGAUGUGUCGCAAUCUGAUAAAUGUCAAUUGGAAUGGGAAAAUUUAUGACUGCGAUUUUAACCAACAGCUGGAAAUGGGAAUCACCAAGGACAAUACUAAAGAUUCCAUGACAGUGUUUGAUAUUUUGUCUGCCCGUGAGUUGGAGGGUGUACACAUACAGACAGACAGUCACUGUUAUGGUUGUACAGCAGGGAUGGGCUCCAGCUGACAGGGGGUCGUGGUGUAGAGGAUACAGAGGCUCCCGUUUCUCCUUUAUACCAUGGCCCAGUUAACUGUUUGUUUCUCAGUACGAUUUUAAACAUUUCUGACGAACAUUGAUGUGUCCUCCUUUUUUCUCAUGGGGUAUUGUUUCCAUUCAGUAGAACAUGAUUUCUGGCAAAUUUACACAUAUAAAAUGGAAAUGUAUUCAAGAUUGAAGGAAUAAGUUUACAAGUACCGUAGGUGUACUUUUUUCCACGUUAAAUUAAUCUUUGCUAUGUUCCCCGGAAUAUGUUUACAAGUACUGUAGGUGUACUUUUUUCCACGUUAGAUUAAUUUUUUGCUAUGUUCCCCGGUCACAAACUUUCAACGGUAUUUUGUCACAGCAUACUUGUAGUGCAUUGGAGAUAUAAAUGGCAAUCCAAGACAUCCUUGUAAUUUUUUACCUGCAGAUUGAACAGAAAUAGUGAUUCUGCAGAAUUAUGACCUGUAGAAAAAAGUACAUUUACAGUAUUACUGUGAAAUCAUUUAUUUUCGUUGGGGUUAAACUUUUGUUGUUUUCAUGGCAUAUAGAGACCCACAAAUCCAUGUCUUCCACAAAAUGUAAACUUUUAGAUAUAUGAAAAUUCAACACAUUUUCAACUGAGGCUUCAGUUAGUACUUAGUGGAUGGUACAGUACAAUAUUGAGGCAGUGGAUGGUACAGUACAAUACUGAAGCCUAGGUUCAUACUUACUGGCUUUUUUAAGGUACUGAGUGGUAGAUCUGUACUUGUGGUAUACACAGUAUGAUGACCGCUGUAUAAUCCUGGCUAAGGGUGCAGCAGUUUGAUAACAUGGAACCAUGAGAUACAGGAUUUAUCUUUUACGCAUAAUUAUUUUAUAGGAUUUUAUUUUUAAAAAUUCUUACUUAUUAAUUUUCUUGUGAUUUGUUGCAUGUCAGUUCAUGUUGCUUGUCAGUUCAACCAAUGCAUAAAAGAACCUGAACUGUAAAACUUGUCUAAUCUGGACGUUGUGUAUUUUAAAAUUUGGAUAUUAUGAGGAAAACUUUUAGUCCCAGUCAGGAAAUUCAGUUGUUAAAAAUAAUGUCUUUUCCUGAAUGUUGUCCAAAUCUGGCAAAUUUCUGUGGAACCAGUGGUGUAAUUAAACAAGUUUUACCUAGAACACAUUUGUGUAUUCAUUAUUCCCUUGACCUAUUAUUUUGAGAUGAUUAAUGAAUAUAAAUGUUUGUUUGAUGAUUAUUCAAUUCAAUGUAUAUAUUGAUUAUUAAAAGGCUCAAAGAGAUUUAUCGUUCAUUUUUAGCUCUUCUGAGCCAAAGGCUCAAAGAGCUAAUGCUAUGGCCAUUUGUGUGGUGUGCGUAAACUUUUUAGAAUAUGGACCAUAACUCAAGAACCCCUUGGUCAAUUAUUGUCAAAUUUGUCACAGGGUAUCCUUGGCCCAAGGGCUCCCGUUUGUACUAAAACUAGGGUUGUGAACCUUAAAUAAGGGGAGAUAAUUAGGAAAAUAGAAACAAAAGUACUGGUUGCUAAAAAAUCUUCUUCUCAAGAACCACUUGGCAAAUUAUCACCAAACUUACACAAAAGGAUGAGGAUAUGCUGUAGAUUAAAAUUUGCACGGGGAUUUACCCUGGGGCAAAGGGCGUGGUCUCAAGGUCACUUCACAGUUGACCAAAAAUUACAUUUUAUUAAAAUGUUGAUAUUUUGCUUACUAUAAGGACUAGGAUCAUCAAAUCUUGUCAGUUGAUGCAUCUAAGGACCUCAUAUCAUGUUGACUGAAAAGUAGGUCAUGGUGACCUACUUUUUAAAUUUUGCGGCCAUUCUUUUUCAAAAUGAUUUAGAGGCAUAUUUUGAACAAUUUAAGGCCUAUGAUCAUCAAACUUUGUCAGUUGAUGUAUCUUGGGUCCUCAAAGUACGUCAUCUAAAAAGUAGGUCACCUUGACCUACUUUUGAAAAUUUAUGGCUUUAAUUAAAUAUUUUGGGUACUAAUUGGCUUAGAAUCAUCAAACUUUGUCAGUCGAUGUACCUUGGGUCUUCGGAGUACAACAACUGAAAAGUAGGUCACUUUGACCUAUACUACUUAUAAAAUUUUGUGGUUAUAAUUUUUAAAAAAAAUAUUUUAGGUAUUAAUUGGCUUAGAAUCAUCCAACUUAGUUGAUGGGUCCUCAGAGAGUGACAAGUGUACCAUGACCAACUCUCAGGUACUAAUUGGCUUAGAAUCAUCCUGGGUUCUUAGAGUGUGAAUUGGAAUUUCAAGGGUUUAUCUAAAUAUACAGGAUACUUAGAGGCUUCAAAUAGAAGUGAUAGGUUGUACAGUUUAUCGGAAGAGUGAUUCAAGGCCCUUGGGCCUCUUGUUUUGUAGGCGUCUGUAAAUUUUAUAUAAACUUAUUCACAUUAUAUCAAAAUGUAUGUAUUUUGAAAUUUAUUAGUUCUAUAUCAAUUUUGUAUAGAAGGGUUUCUUCAUAAAAAGCGGAUUCCUGAUUGUUAAAGUGUAAACAUGUAUAAUUGUAACAACAAAUAUAUGCUUCUAAAGUAUAAUAUUAAAAAAUGAGAAAUUAAAACAACUGGACAUUUUCAUAAUAAUGAGUUAUAUGAGUAUUUUUUCACGUAUCUGACACGUGAAGGUUGACUUUUUUUUUCAACAUGUUACAUACAUAUGAUGAGCAUGUACAUAUUUUAUUUGAAACAUGAUACAUAUAUGCUUAGUAGUUAAUCUUAAUAUGUUUUACAUAUGUUGUUUAUAUUGAUUUUGGCAAGUGCAAAGAAAAAUAUAAUUAUGA